GCAUCUUCUCGAAGUCGAGACUUCCAUCUACAACUUUCUCCAUUCUACGCACAAUGUCUGUCCGCAAACGCAACGAAUUCUUGGAAGGCGACGAGAGUGAAGAGGAGCUGGAAAAUGGCUAUGGCUCGGAUGCAGAAGAAGGACGAGGCGCGAUAGCGAACAAGCGGCGCAAACUGGACAGCGAGGAAGACAGAUCAGACGACGACAUAUCAGAGGACGACAAACCGCCUGCGAAGUCCACGAAAGCGACUGGCACAGACUUGCGAUUCGACUUCUCCCACUUCGACGCCGAGGACGAGGAGGAUGGGCAUCCAGCGGAACACCCAGAAGACGAGGAUGAAGCCAACCUCUCUGGCAUCGACAACGACAACGACCCCAACGACACCACCACCAACCCCAAACUCAAAAAACCCAAAGACCUCCUCGCCUACGAAGCCGCAACCCGCAAACUCCAAAAAUCCGGCGUAAUCUACCUCUCCCGAAUCCCCCCCUUCAUGAAACCCCAAACCCUCCGCCACUACCUCCUCCCCCACGCCCCCAAAUCCGGCCUCGGCAGAAUCUUCCUCACCCCCGAAGACUCCACCUCACACUCAAAGCGCAUAAAAAACGGCGGAAACAAAAAGAAAACCUUCACAGACGGCUGGGUCGAGUUUUUGUCCAAAAAAGAAGCCAAACUCGCAGUAGAAAAAUUAAACGGGAAUAUUAUUGGAGGGAAAAAGGGCGGGUUUUAUCAUGAUGAUAUUUGGAAUUUGAAGUAUUUGAAAGGUUUCAAGUGGGAUCAUUUGACGGAGCAGAUAAGGGCGGAGAAUGCGGAGAGGACGGCGAGGAUGAGGGAGGAGGUUAGGAGGGUGAGGAAGGAGAAUCGGGCUUUUGUGGAGGAUGUGGAGAGGGGGAAGAUGGUGGAGGGGAUGGAGAGGAAGAGGAGGGCGAAGGGGGAGAGGGAGGGUGGUGGGGAUGGGGAGGGAAGUAGUGGGAAGCAGCAGAUGAAGUUUAAGCAGAAGAAGGCGAAGCAGAAGGAGGAGAGGGAGAAGGUUGCGGAGGAGUUUAGGUUGAGUGAGGGGGUGAGGAAGAAGAUAUUCUGAGGUGGAUUUUGGCGGGAAGUUGCCCCAUGGACUUAUCAACUUCGUGUACCUUAUGGACAUUGUGCGGGCAACACACAGCAUGCUGAGCAAUACCUCGCUUCGUCACGCAAUGGCUCCUGCUCAGCCGUACAGCUAAUACGAAGACCGUUGAACGAGCUCCAAUUCUGAAUGUUCCGCCUUUAAAGUUGACCCUUCACACACGCAGGUCCGGCAGUACGAUCCAAACCCGCGUGGUCUUUUCAGGAGCCUCGCUGGAAAUCACUGUAUCGAAUGAGUUGCCGCAAUAGUCAGAUAACAUCGAAUUAGCGCAGAGUACAGCUGAAGUCUCAUAUCACUGAAGAGGAAUGGC